AUGCUUCCUCCCACAGCGAGACAAGCCAAAGCUUCAAAAUUAUCGCUCGAUUUAACCAACUUGCCAUCUUUUAACGGAACCCAAAAUAAUCAAUUAUCACCUAUUUAUAACGGGAUGACCUCACCAACAACCGCAGUUUCGGAAGCUCAAUAUGCCAACAAAACACACGCCGAAUUAAUGGUUAUUUUGAAAGAACGGGAGAGAGAUAUAAGUCUUGCCGCGGAAAUCGGUAAAAGUCUAUUGGAAAAUAAUAUCGCAUUAAAGUCAAAAUAUGAUACUAUGGUAACUCAAUUACAAAAUAUACGUCAUCGUAAGCGACAACAAAGUGGAUAUGGUAGAAGAACGGGAGAUAGGACGGGCAUUCCACGAAUUGCUCCCCCAAGUAAUUCAUUAGGAGGAUUGGAGACUUUUCCAGAAGAAUCGAGUGAUUGGAUGGAUGAUAGCGAUACUGAAUCAAUGAACGGAUACAGCAGUGGUUUAGAGAUGCCAUCUCCAUCCUUAAAAACACGAUCAAGGUCACCUGCUCGAGGAGGAUUCACACAAAAAGACUUUGAACAUUUAAGGGAACUUGAAAUGGCAAAUAUUGAACUACAAGCACAGCUCGAUGCACUCCUGAAUGAAAAACAGGAAAUGGAAAAAACACAGAAGGCAAAAGUUCGCAAACUGGAGGCUGACUUUGCACAUCUUCAAGAAGUUUGUUCGGAGGCAUCUGAAAAAAUCGAAUUACUUGAACAGGAUAAUAACCGACUUAAAGAAAAACAGAGUACAGAUUUUUGGAAUCUAAGAACAACCCAAAAAUCCUCCGAUAAUGAUAAUGAAGAAGUAAUUGAUCGACUUUUAAAUAAAGUAAAAGAAUUGGAAGAGAAUGUUCACACAAUUGAACGAACAAAAUCAGACCUUGAUAAACGAUUAAAACGUGCCACGAAAGAAUUGGAUACAUUACGACCACAAUAUGAAGCAUUGAUACAAACGUCCAAAGACUAUGUAGAUCUUCAACAACGUUACGAGAAACAAGAAAUACAUAUUGUAGAAUUAGCAAUGGCAUUAGAAGAACAGCGAAAUCUGAAUUUAGGAAUGAGAUCUAGCACAAAUUCACGUGCAGGAUCAUUUUCCGAACAUAUGCUUAGACGUCUAAGUGAUCCGGCAGCCCUAUUGACAUUACGAGGCACAACACCCGCUAAUGCAGGACAAUCAGGAAAAGUGGUAAAACGAAGUUUAUUGGACGAAUUGGAGAGUCAGUGGUAUCGUGAUGUAUUUCAGGGCGAUAAUCGAAAACGGGAUUCUAAAGGUACGCCACCAUUCUCACCGGUGAUGUCGGAAACGGAUCUAAGUGACUUCUAUUCACGAAGUGCCGCAAUGUCAGAAGCUGAGGAUGAUAUUCUAUCAGCGAUGGAAUACAUGUCGGAGGAUGAAUUCACAUUCCUAGAUACAUUCAAGGAAGACGACGAGAAAGCAAUGUUACGAAGAGAAUGGUUCUUCCGAAGAUGGGCGCGAGCUAUAUACCGAUUUCUAAGAGCUAUUUGGAGGUGGUGUCGAUUCCUUGUGUUAAUAUGUGCAGCGGUGGUGAUGGCAUUAUAUCGUGGACCUGACGAUGUGUUACCUGAUGACAUGUAG